AUGGGAUUUGCAAGUAAUAAGCUCGCAUCAGCAAUGUCUGAUUUCUUAAGAAACAACGGUGGUUAUGCUGUGAUCGAUGGUGGUUUUGCUACUGAACUUGAAAGACAUGGUGCCGAUCUUAAUGACCCACUUUGGAGUGCUAAGUGUCUCAUUGAUUCUCCUCAUUUGGUUAGACGAGUGCAUCUUGACUACCUUGAAGCUGGUGCAGAUAUUAUCAUUACCCCAUCUUAUCAAGCUACAAUCCAAGGUUUUCAACAAAAAGGCUUCAACAAAGAAGAAAGUGAAGCCUUGUUGCUAAAGAGUGUCCAAAUUGCAUGUGAAGCACGUGCUGAUUAUUAUGAAAAUAAUGGAAAUGAAAGAAAUCUUCGAAAUUUUCCUGUUCUGGUUGCUGCUUCAGUAGGUAGCUAUGGGGCUUAUUUAGCUGACGGGUCUGAGUACAGUGGGAAUUAUGGUGAAAACGUUACACUUGAAUAUUUGAAGGAAUUUCACAGGAGAAGAUUACAGGUUCUAGCAGAAUCUGGUGCUGAUAUGAUUGCGUUCGAGACAAUUCCGAAUAAGCUCGAAGCUCAGGCUUAUGCGGAACUGCUGGAGGAAGAUGAUAUAAAGAUCCCAGCAUGGUUCUCCUUUACCUCCAAGGAUGGUGUGAAUGUGGUUAGCGGAGAUUCCAUCCUUGAAUGUGCUUCAGUUGCUGAUUCAUGUGAGAAGGUCCUUGCUGUAGGGAUCAACUGCACCCCUCCUCGGUUUAUACAUGGCUUGAUUCUGACAAUUCAGAAGGUGACCAACAAACCAAUACUUAUAUACCCCAAUAGUGGCGAGCAAUGUGAUGGUCAGACAAAAACAUGGAUACAAUCUACUGUGGUAUCGGACUUGGAUUUCAUUUGCUAUGUGAAUAAAUGGCACGAAGCCGGUGCUUCUCUGAUAGGAGGUUGCUGCAGGACUACUCCGAAUACUAUUAGAGCCAUAUCGAAUAACCUCUCCAAAAGGCAUGAUGCUCCUAGGCCAUCCGAGCCUGUAACAUCUUCCCAUCCAGUCAAGUAUCAACUUGUAACAUGA